GAAGGCGGAGGAGGAGGAAGGUUUGGAUGGAGUCCGGCACGGUCUUUUUCGCCGAUGAGGGUGCGUCCUAAGGAGCUCAUGACGACCUUGAGCAACAAGGCGAUGACUAUGGUCGGCCGGAAAACUAAACCUUACGACGGUGGUGCCGUGAAGAAGACGGCGGUGGAGAUGAUUGUGGAGGAGGAUGAGGAGGAGUACGGCGUUUGGCAGAGGGAGAUUUUGAUGGGAGGUAAAUGUGAGCCGUUGGAUUACUCCGGCGUGAUCUACUACGAUUGUAGUGGACAUCAGCUAAAGGAAGUGCCUCCAAGGUCGCCACGUGCUAGUUUGGUUCCUGAGCGCCCGACCCGUUCUUAUGUCGGGUCACUGUUAAACCCGACGGAAAAAGAAAUUUAAAAUUUAGUUUUGAGAGUUUGAUUGGUAUAAUUUGCAGUGUCAUCAGUUGAGUGGUCAAAGUUCUCUAGGAUCUUUGGUUGUUCUCUUGUUAUUGGUAGAUGCGCAUGACAUGUCUUAUUAUGCAUAUAGUUGUGUAAUUUAAAUUUAUGUACUUAUAUAAUUGCGCUUGGCAAAAUUUUAAA